AUGCGAACCAAAGGUUUCCGGGCGGCAGCGGCAACGCGACUAUGCUGCAUGAUGGCUGUCUGCAGCUGCUUGGCAUCCUGGCACCCAAGCUUCCUCGCUCUGCCGAGCAAGGACCUGCAGCGACGUGCCGUGGCAGCCGCCCUGGCUUCGCAGGUGCUGCUUCCGUCAGUGCCUGCAGUUGCCGGCGACCGGGAUCGCACGUCCAUGGUGAUUGCCGUCAGGAGAAAAUUCCUUCCACGGGUCCUGGCUGGCUACAAAAAGCUGCAGGCAGACGGCGCCGUCACAGAUGACUUCAUCUCGGGAAAAGAUUUCAAGAAGUUCAACACGGCCCUGGAUGCCUACGGCAGCAUCCAGCGCCUGGAUGAGGCACCUGACAAGUACUCAAGGAAGCUGCAAGCUGAUGCCAGGGAUGUGGAGCAGUUCCUGAAGGCCAAGGACUACCAAAAGGCCAUGGAAAUGCUGGAAACCUUUCGGCAAGACAUUCCUGCUGGUCCGGGCUCCUUCGUGUGGACCGAUGAGGGCUGA